AUGGUUUGCUGUAACCAUAGUCAGUGGCUCGGGAUUUCGACGCAGGAGAAAACGUGUGAUCUCCUAGAGUCUGACAGAGCACAAACCCUUCUCGCAAACAGUCCAUACGUUGAAGAGCAGUGGCCAAGCUUGUUCGUACUUAUUGGGAGCACUUGCAAGGCCCGAGCACUCCAGGAGCUGGUUUCUGCCAAGCCUGCCACACCGACACGCGCUCACGGCGAGGUACACUUGCAACUAGACCAUUCAUCAGCGUUCAGCAAGCGGCCCAUUUAUAUCGCAGACAGCGACAUCUCUGAGAGACAUCGGCGAGGCAAGACACUUCCUGUAGCUUCCUGCCACGAGACUAUCACUCAUUCGUUUUAUCAAGCUGGAAAGCAGCCGCUAGAUGCGAGUAGUGCUGCUGAAACAAUCUACGCCCAGCUUCUUCAUCCUUUUACAGACGUGUUUUGCCUGUUUGCAGCGGACUUAGGAGGGCUCCGCGGAGUGUCCCGCCAGGUGGCCAGGUGGCUUGAAAGGCCGCAAGCCUCGUUGUUACCGACUGAAACGUAUCCCUCCCUUGUAGUCGUUACAGAAAACAAGACACGGGUUGGCGAGAAAGAAGUUCGAGAUUGGUUCCUGGAGAGCCUGGGUGCAGACACUUCGAAAAGCUUGUUUGAUCGCUUCUCCAGUCUUGACGUGGUCACACUAUCACAACAGGGCUCAAUGUCUAACCGCGGGCGCCACCACCGCCUGAGAGAUUGCUUGAUGCAAGUCUCGGACCGCGUUCGUAAGCAUAGAACCACCACUCGCACUCUUUUCUCUGCUAGGCACUUCCACGCGUUCUUCAGACUAGCAUGUCAACACCUCGCGAGAGGUAACGGUGAACCUUUCGACUUCAUGACUGCAGCAAGGCUGCACAAUCCCAUUGCUCCAGACCUCAAAGAACACCUUUCCAAUUUUUUGCAACUCGCAAAAUCGCCACGGGAGCUGAUCGAAUUCGUAGUACCGACAAUUGCAUCGAGUCUUUUCUUAAACAGCUAUCCCCCAGAUGCUCCAAUGUUCGAUCCUAUAUCUGUGUUUCAGAGGUUGUACAAAGGUUUCUGCGAUGAGGCAAGCAGAUCUGUGUUGUUAAACAAACACGAUCCAUGCUUUGUAGUCCCUAGUUCUAUCUCCAAGACCUUGAAGUUCGCUACCGAGUCACACAAGCGCGUUCUGCAGGGAAAACGAUCCUUCUGGCCCCAACUUCAGAGCCGAGAGACAUGCCUGGUGUGCCUUUGUCGCAGGCCACAUAUUGGGCUUCCUUGCGGGCACACAGUGUGCGAAAACUGUGUUUACGUAUUUGGCCGCCGUUCUUCAGAUGAUCCGUGUAUCUACUAUAUUGACCAGUGUUUUCUUUGCGAAACGAACGCGAAGCAAAAGAGCGUUCGUAUCCAUCCGCCUACAGCUGGCGCAGGCGUUCUCAGCAUGGAUGGUGGCGGCGUACGAGGAAUACUCGAGCUGAUAUUUCUCCGGCUGUUAGAAGACCGGAUCGGUCUCCCGAUACCAGUGUUGCGAAACUUCAAGGUUGUAUUUGGGACGAGCACAGGAGGUAUCAUCGCGCUGGGACUAGCUCAGGGCUGGUCUAUCCAGAAGUGCAUCGAGAUUUUUCCACGGCUGGCUGACACAGCCUUCCAACGGAGGAAGUUUUUAGGCCUGCUCCAUCUGCCUAAGGCCUUGGAAUCUUUGAUGUCCAUCUUCACGGACUGUCUCUACCCGACUAGCCAUAUAGAAACGGCACUUAAAGAAGCUUACGGCUGUGAACAAGGUCUUUUGGAGAUGCCACAGACAACAUCCCUUGGAACCAGAGUUGGAAUACCUGUGGCAACUGUACACGGGCCUUCGUUGUCAGAGUACCAUGUUAUCGAGUCGCACGACGGCGCAGAGCAACCGCGGGUGUGGGAAGUAUUCUUUAAACCCACUACCAUCAAAGGAUAUGGCGAUCAACAGGACGCUGGUCUGCUCCGCAACAACCCUAUCUUUAUGGCCCUCUCUGAAGCCGAGGCGUUGUUCCCAUUUACUGAAGAGCCUGACUUUGUAGUGAGUCUGGGCACUGGUAGUCCGCGUUCUGAUGGCGAGGGUCCUUGCACUUCAGGCUCGCGCAGCCUGCUCAAAGACGGCUGGAUCUCACGCGUCGCCCACGGAUCAUUAGUAACCAUGGCUGGAGGCCGAGACUGGAAGGCACUUGUAAGUUUCGGUAGGCCAAAGUCUAGUGGAAAGUACCACCGACUGGAUAUCGAAUUUGACGGGCCUGAGCCGAGACUCGACGCCGUGAGUGACAUGGCUAGGCUCCAGUCCCUAGCGCUUCAAGACCCUCUCCUAUCUCCGGUUCUUGAUAACAUUGCAGAAUGUGCAAUAGCUUCUCUUUUCUAUUUCAAGCCCCACACCCGCCUGAGGUACAUGAGUAGACAAUACGUUGGCUCUGGCUGGAUUGAGUGCAAGCUUCGGCAUGGUGAGCCUGCGCUCGAGGCCCUUCUCAGUCGAUUUCGUACCGCUGGAGCACGACUACUGAUUGGCGACAGAAACGUUCCAGAACCAAACGACAAAUGCAUUGCUGAAGUUGGCGAUCACUCUAACUUUGAUGAAACAAGUAACUUUUGCAUGAACGUGACGUUGGCUGUCAGAGGCAGCUUCUCCAUUUUCCUGCAAGAAGGCAGUAACACGCCUCGUCACAUUAGCGGCUCACCAUUCUCAGUGGAGAAAUUGACGCGAGCAGAGGGCCUCGAAGCGUACUUUGGUAGAGCCGACCACCGGAAGCGCAACUGGGCCUUUGAUGACUGUGAAAUGCCACAGGCAAAACGUAGACGGUGA